AUGCAGCGGGAAAACGGCACAAAUGAAGAGGCCACGGUCGAUGUCAAGUUCACAGAGUUGCCCAACGCUCUCAUUGCCUGCAAAGUCCCAGAAGACCUGUAUGAGGAGGGAGCGCUCAGGGUGAAUUUCGAGUCUCUGUUCCGCUCAUUCGACCCCGAGGUGCAGUUCCAGUAUUUCAAGUCGUUCCGUCGCGUUCGCAUCAGCUUCAGCGACGCUCUGGCCGCGGCUGAAGCUCGACUGCGGCUUCACAAGAGCGACUUCCACGGCAAAGAGAUGCGCCUCUACUUCGCACAGUCGGUCCACAUCGGCAGCCCGCGCCUGGAGCCUCCCAAACCAGAAAAGCAGUUCCUGAUCUCGCCCCCGGCUUCGCCUCCCGUGGGCUGGGAGCAGUCUCACGACCCCACUCCUGUCAUCAACUACGACCUGCUCUGUGCCAUCGCCAAACUGGGACCAGGUGAGAAGUAUGAGAUUCACACAGCCACACCCACCACCCCCAGUGUUGUUGUCCACGUGUGCGACGACGGCGACAGCUCCGCCCCUGACGACUGUGACCAUGACGAUGACAGCUCCCGCCCCUCGCCGCGCCCCAAGAUUGUCCAGACGAGGCGCCCUGACUUCACCAACCAGUGA